GGAGAGGAAGGAGCCCAGCAGGAAUAGUCUGGCCAACCUGCCAUAGUGUGAAGGGGUAGGUGGGGGGAGAGAAGGAGAGUUCACUUGACCAGUGCAGCUCCUAGGAGAGGAAAGGGAGCCCACCACCCCAACCUGGAGGCAGGAUGGCCUCAGCAACCAGAAGACUGAGGUAGUUACUAGUAACUAAGUGCAGAAGGGAGAGACAAAGUUCAGGAAGGGAUUCAAGAACCCAGUGGGCUGGCGGAAGUGGCGUGUUGGAGCAAGUUUUGCCAUGGAGAUGCAGCCUGAAGAGUGAGCAGAAUGGAGAGAAUGGACUCCUGAGAGGACUAAGAAGAGAAGAAUGGAUAGAUCAGGGAGGACAGGAUCAGCCUAGAGGCAGCUGAGAAGGGAAUCUCUCAGUUGAUCAUCCUGAGACACAGAAUUCAGGAACAGCCAGGUUGAGGGAAAGCAGAGGAGAAAGACACAGCAUUGGGUUUGCCUCUCUAGGUCAAGACUUGGAAGAUGAGUGGAGGGUCACUUGUCACCAGCCCCUCCAGGUUCCAGCCCAGUGGCAAGACAAUGUCCAGACUCCCAGACCCCCCAAUCCGUAGCAUCCGACCCUUCAAGUCCAGUGAGCAGUACCUCGAGGCAAUGAAAGAGGACCUGGCCGACUGGCUCCGGAAUCUCUACGAGCUGGAUAUUGACUCAGCCAACUUCCUGGAGAUGCUGGAGACUGGCCAUUUGUUGUGCCAACAUGCCAAUGCAGUCACUCAAGCUGCCCAAGACUUUCUGGCCCAGUCUCCAGCUUUGGCCAAGAGAAUUUUGCUGCCCAGUUCUGGGGUUUGCUGCAAUGGGACAGCUCAGCCAGGUACUUUUCAGGCUCGGGACAAUGUCUCCAACUUCAUCCAGUGGUGCCGGAAGGAGAUGGGCAUCAAAGAGGUUCUGAUGUUUGAAACAGAGGACCUGGUGCUUAGGAAGAAUGAAAAACACGUGAUCUUGUGCCUGCUGGAGCUAGGACGGCGAGCCUGGAGGUUUGGGGUGGCAGCACCCACUCUGGUGCAUCUGGAGGAGGAAAUUGAAGAAGAAUUGCGUCAAGAGCUGGCUCUGCCCCCUCCUGACCCUCCUCCACCAUCUCCUCCUGCCCGCAAAGCCUGCCAUUUCAAAAACUUGGACCAAAUGGUGCAGAACCUGGUGAGUCACUGUACCUGCCCUGUUCAGUUCUCCAUGGUCAAGGUGUCGGAGGGAAAAUACCAAGUGGGGGAUUCCAACACCCUCAUCUUUGUCCGGAUCUUGAGAAAUCAUGUGAUGGUCCGAGUAGGAGGUGGCUGGGACACACUAAGCCAUUACUUGGAUAAACACGACCCCUGCCGAUGUACCUCUCUCUCUCACAAGAUGGGCCAUCCCCAGAAGCCACACAUCCCCCCAGUACAGCAUGAGGUGAGGGUACAAGGGGGCUCCACACAGCCUCAGCCCAUUCUGACCAUCAGCCGUUCCCAGAGCCCUCUGCCCCCAGUGGCUUGGAAGACAUACACACCUCCAGGCCGAAAGCUGAGACCUCCCACCUCCUGCUCCCCCAAACCUCACAACAGGUGGGGGGCAGGGGUGGAGUCUCCAGGAGAGACAGCUGCCAUUCAAAGGAGCCGAGAAAGACCAGCCACCCCAUCCUACUUGCUGUCGACAGCUGGACAUGGAGACUCCAAAUCCCAGUCCUCACUCACACGAAUCCCUUCUUGUCAGCCGUCUCCAGCUGGAGAUGCAUCCCAGAAACCCCAGUCAUCAGUCACACAAACUGGUCAGGAUUUGCACCGAGUUCCUUUAAGACAAUGGAAAGACAGAUGCUCCCCUGAGGCUUCCAGAGGAGGGACCCCUCCUCGUUGGAGCCAGGGAAGCGGAGUCACUGAUUCUACUCUCCAGAAGGUUUCAGAUCCUGAGGUGGCUCCUAAAGAACCACCAGGAAGAGUGACAUCUACCCUACCUUGUUCCUCCAAUCUAUCCAAGUCCUUUACCUUCAAACAACCCCUUCUGGGAACUGAGAAGCCUUCCCAGGAUCAGGCCAAAGGAGCCAUUGCCUCCCAUCUUAAGGACAAUGGAUCUGUCCAAUCCUCUUCCCCAAUUAAAGAGGCCACCAAGAUCCCAAUCUGUUCAUCUCCCAGUUGCCCACUAACACCAGAGAAGAAUCCCUCAGAAUCUGGAAAUCGAAUCUCGGGUCCAGCAACGGAGACAGGAAGAGACUCCACCACCAUAAGGGUCAGAGCUGGAGGAAGAAACACCCCUCAGUCCCAAAAUGGAAGCCAGUCCCAGGAGGUGAGCUCAGGAGGCCAGGAUCAGGCACUGAGGACUGUGACAGAGGCUGGAAGAGACCAUUCACCCAGGCAUCAGCAUGGAAGACAGACAUUCACCACUCUGCCCAUUGACAAGACCAAGGAACAGGCACUGUACCAGAAUCUGGAAGAGGAAAUCUUGACCAAUAUCAAGAUUCUAGAAGCCAGAGGAGCCCAUCCAGGAGUGACUCCCUGCCCCAUUGAGCCCCCAGAAAUGCACGUUCCUCGAAGUGAUGUAUAUAUCCCUCACCGGUGGCCAGUGCCUGGGGCUUCUUAUGAUAGUGUCAUCCGAGAGUUGGCCCUGGAGCCCCCAGCCCUCCUCAAGGUGGACAUGAGUGGCUGGGGGACCCCCGAUAUGCAUACUCCUGAGCUAGAUACACCUCUAAGCAAGCGUGAUUCAGAGGAAAAGGUGAGCCUGGAUGAAGAUGAGAGGAGGAAGAGGAAGACUGGUAUAGGAGUCAGAAAUACAAAAGCUCUUGGAGAGCAGGGAGGCCAGUCCAGGGCUCCACUCCCUGAGGUCAAUGGCAAUGACGUACCUCAACCAGUGGACACCUCUGACUUGGAAAAGCCCAAGACAACCACAGGGAAAGGCAGGAGGAUGUUGAAGAAACCAGAAAGGAUCCCAUCCAUCUAUAAGCUAAAGUUGAAGUCCAAGAUCCGUCCUCGUCGAGACCACCGGCCAGAAAAGCGACCCUCCCGGAUUCCCACUCCCUUGGCCUACCGCCAGAGCCAAGCCAAGGUGCCUCCUACUACCCCUAAGUUGAGGGGUCGGCUGGGCAGUGCAGGAGAUGGGGGCUCGGUGGAUGAGGAAGAGAUCUCCCCAUCAGAGGUCAGCAUUGGCCCAUCCACGGAGAGUCUGGGAUCACGACCUGCUGGUCCAUCCUGGCUCCCACAGGAAGAUGAAGAGUCUUGGGUCUGAAGUGGUAUCCAGCCUUGGUCACCCCCUCUGCUCAAGGUGAGAUGAGGGCAGGGAAGGACCAGUGUGUGGUCCUGCUGACUCGGACCCCCCCAACCCCUGCCGAGGACACAGGGAGGUUUCCUUCUCUCCACUCUUUUCAGAGGCCAUCGUUGGGAUAUUGCUGUGGUCCUUUCUGUUGUCCUCAUUCUCAUACUCCAUUCUGGAAGGUGUCAGGGGAACUUCUAAACCGUUCUCUAACCCAGUGGGGCUCCCACUCCCAUCCUCCAACCAGGAACCAUUUCCCAGCACUGACCUUUAUCUCCAGAUCUCUGGAUCAAGGCUGAGACUCCUCUACCAGUUAAAUUAUUAAAGCUACACGUGUCAUAUAUCCUUCUCCCUUUGAGUUUUUGGCCAGUAACCAGGUAUGGAGCCAUAACCAGCAGGGGACAAACUGAGCUUUGUCCCAGGUCACUGGGGUAGGGACUCAUGUCUAUGGUGCUUUAAGUUUACCAAAGACUUUUCUUGAAUAGUCUUGCAGAACAGGUAGGUCCAUAAUUGUUCCCAUCUCACAGGUGAGCAAACUGAGGUUCACAACCAUGAAGUGUUGGAAGCAAGAUUUGGACCUGAGCCUCCUAAUUCUAAACAGGUGCUCUUUAGACCGCCUCAUCCUGCAGGAAGGAGUCUCAAGGUCCUUCCCCCCCCCCCCCCAGGAAGUGAUUGGACAUGUCAGAACCUUGGAAGGGGAAGAGAGUUGAAAUAAAUGAUUAGGGAAACCUCUCUGCCUACAGAGAAUUGAAUACCCAUAGGACAGGUUCAGAUCUGGGUUUGGGACCUGUGGAAUGAUGUUUAAAGAACUGGAAUCACUUAGCUCCUAAAAGAGGCUUUGGGCUGCUCUUGCAGGUGGUCCUAGAGUGUGGGACAAAGAAUCAAAAGAAAAAUUGGAGGCAGAAGUGGCUCAGUGGAUAGAGCCAGGCUGGAGACAAAUUUCAGACACUUCCUAGCUGUGUGACCCUGGGCAAGUCACUUAACCUUCAUUGCCUAGCUCUUACCACUCUCCUGUCUUAGAACCAGUACCUAGUAUUGAAAAUACAGUUGGUAAGGGGUUUAAAAAAAAAAGGCACUUGAAACCAGGGUAGACAGCGGAUUCUUCUAGCAUGUAAACCUCACCAAGAUUUUAAAGAAAAACUAUUCCAAGAAGAGGAGUCAAGGUCCAGAAAGGUUAAGUGAUUUGCCCGAGGUCACACAGCUAGAGUUGCAAUUUGAACCCAGGUCCUCUGACCCUGAACUCAUCUUUUCCACUACAUUGUACUGCUUUGUAAAAAGUCCCUCAGAGGAAGAGUGGAGUACAAAGGGUUAGGCUGGUUUUUAAAACUAAAAGAAGACCUCGUUCUAGAUGCCUUGAAGGAAGUCCAUGGGUAGGAGGGUAGAGGAUAGAAGCUCAGAAGACCUUCCAGACUGUGGAUCUCCUCUGAAAUUCUGAUUAGCUCUUCUGACUGCCCCUCUCUAAAUACACCAUCCUCAAACUUCAGUGUAGCUCAGGGGUAGUCUGGCCGGGGAAGAGGGUCUGGGGUCUGCCUCCCCACUCCCUCUGCACCCCUUGCACCCCU